AUGGCGCCUUCAGACGACCCCGUCAACUUUGAUGUGAUCGAGGGCCAAAAAGAAAACAUCCAGUCGCUGCCCGGUGGCCGCUCCGCCAAGAAACUCGCACAGCUUUACUCGCCAACACCACUACAGCAGAUUCCUACGCCCACAGAUAUCAAAGACGCCAACGAGCACACAAGAGCAAAGUAUGAGGCCGAGAUCACAACUCUCGCCGACUCGGACGAUCCUCUCGAUGUCUUCGACCGAUAUGUCAAGUGGACAUUUGAUGCCUAUCCCUCGGCGCAGGCCACUCCCCAGUCACAACUCCACACAUUGCUGGAGCGCGCCACAAAGAGCUUCAUUGGCUCAACGCAAUACAAGAACGACCCAAGAUACCUGAAGCUUUGGCUUCACUACAUCCACUUCUUCUCUGAUACUCCACGUGAGACCUUCAUAUUCUUGUCUCGUCACGGCAUUGGCGAGGGCCUUGCUCUAUUCUAUGAAGAAUAUGCUGCAUGGUUAGAAGGUGCUGGCCGCUGGAGUCAGGCAGAAGAAGUCUACAAGCUCGGUAUCGAGCGAGAGGCCCGGCCAACGGCACGUCUCUUGCGCAAGUUCAACGAGUUUGAGCAGAGACUAGCCGCACAACCCGAUGCAGGCGAUGCGCCUUCCUCUCCAGCGCUUCCAGCCAUGCGUCCUGCACUGGCUGCUAAAGUCGAUCCUUUUGCCUCUGCUCGCGCGGCUGACCCUCAAGCACCGAGAACAACUGCAGGUGUCGGCGGCAGCACCUCGAAGCCGUCCAAGUCCAAGCUGGCCAUCUUCUCGGAUGCUGACGCCGCACCGCCAGCUCCUUCUCCCAUGGGCUCGGGUUCUAAAGGGUGGGACACAAUCGGAUCAUUAGCAGACCGCAAGAAGGAAAACAAAAUGGAGCCCAAGCCAUGGGCGGGCGAGACAUUGAAGGCGGGCGGGAAGAAGAGCAGUGCCCCCAAGAUGGCGAUUUUCAGGGAUGCGUCCCUAGCAAGAAUAGCAGAGUCCCAUAUUGUCAUUGCACCAUCCAAGCACCAAGUGAUAAUCAACCCUGCCAACGGAAGGCGAGAACGUGUUUAUAUUAAUCUAGAAGCGAUAUAUCCGACUCCCGAGGAACCUGGUACCGAGCUGAGUUUCGAAGAAAUCUGGGCCAGCAAACGAGGCUGGUUGGAUUGUUCUUGGGAAGAAUAUGAAACCGAGGACAAUGACUUUGAAAACGAACAGGAAUCGAUUGUCGAAAAUGCUCAAACCAAUGCGCUUAACCAAAGACUUGCUACCAAGCUGGUUGUUCACCACGACGUUGUGGAACUCGACGAGAAUGGUGCUUUAAAGCAGCAGCAAAAGCCCAGCAAGCCCAAGAAGAAAAAGAUGAUGGAAGUCAAUGAGACUCAAAUCAUUAAAGCUAAGUUGGACUCGCCGCCAAAGCCAAAGAUGCGUAAGAACAAGUCAUCGGAACCGACCAUGACACUGCACACAAGAGCAGCCACGGACGAGAUUUAUGACCUGUUCAACGCACCUUUGCAGCCUGCAGACGGGGAGGACCAGAGCGAGGAUGACGACGAGUAUGUGAGCGACGGCGACUAUACCAGCGGAGGCGAGAGUACAUGCACCACUCGUCAAAUCGCCACGAGCGAGGCUGGUGACGAUGAUGAGGCUGAUGAUGUGAACAUGGAGGACAGGGACGGUGAAGAUACCGUAUCUGAUCUCCUUGGCCCCGAUGACGAUGAUCAUACUCAGGAACGCCGCAACUUGUCCACUCCUACGGAUGAUGACGAUGAUGAUGACCCCAGGACCAUGACUCGAUUCGUUCCCAUUCCGCCAGAGGAUUAUGUGCCCAACUCUCGGCCAUAUAGGGAUGCGUCCGAGGUGGCUAAUAACCGCUUGCCCUUCAUGACCCCCAUAACAGAACGCACAGAAUCUUCCCUUGGUUUCACUACUGCUGCUAUUGCUAAAUAUGCUACCACUCCCGCCUCUCACAACAUCCUAGAGGAAGAUGAAGAGGACGAGGAGGAUGAUGAAGAUUUUGGCCCUCUCAGCAGCCCUCUUCGCGAGAUUCUAGGUGGCAACCGCUCUCCAGUCAAGAUUGCUCAACCAAAGCUACACAGACCCGCCGGCAAACAUUCGGCGCCAUCUGUAGCAAAGGGGCCUCUCAUCGCUGAACUACAAUGCAACCCUGUCGACGAGGCUAUACGACAGGAGAUUCUGCGCGUCAUGCACCCGCCACUGGCCUCGUACUCUGGUUUCUUUGACCACCGUGACGCUCGCUGCAACCGCGGUGGAGAGAUCCGCCGAUUCUCCAAGGCCUGUGCCAAGGCCAACAAGCCAGGCAAUAGUGAUCGAAACAGCAUCAGCAACCCCAUUGUGCUCGAGUUUCCAGAAGUCAAGUCAACUUACACACUCAAACGUGAAUUGGGGGCUGGCGCUUACGCCCCUGUCUACCUUGUGGAGAAUUCCUGCCCUGGACAGGACCAUGACGAUGAAGCUGCCCCCGUCGAGAUGGGCAAAGGUGCCUUUGCUACCUCGCAGCGGUCUGCACAGGAAGCUCUCAAGAUGGAGGUCCCGCCCACCGCUUGGGAGUUCCAUAUGAUGCGGCUCGCUGCCACACGACUUGGCCCCCAACACAGGGCCACGGCCAGCAUCAGCGCUGCGCAUGAGCUACACCUGUAUCAAGAUGAGGGCUUCUUGUUCCUUCAGUACCACCCAUACGGCACCCUGCUCGACGUGGUCAACUUCUUCCGUGAGCAGCCCUCGGGCAUUAUGGAUGAGCCUUUGGCCAUGUUCUUCACCAUUGAAUUGCUUCGUACAGUCGAGGCCAUGCACUCGAAGCAGAUUCUCCACGGAGAUCUCAAGGCCGACAAUUGCCUUUUACGUCUCGACGCACUCUCUAGCGAGCAUAAUCUGAGCAGCCAAUGGCAGGCCGAUGGCAGCGGUGGCUGGGAUGCUCGUGGUGUCGUGCUCAUUGACUUUGGACGCGGCAUUGACAUGCGUGCUUUUGACCCGGACGUGCAGUUCAUCGCUGACUGGAAGACGACCACCACUGACUGCGCCGAGAUGCGCGAAGGACGGCCCUGGACCUGGCAGAUUGACUACCACGGUCUCGCCGGCAUCAUCCACUGUCUGCUCUUUGGUCGCUACAUUGAGACGGUCCGGUGCGACCAAGGCGGCCUUGGUACGACAGCCGGACGGCGGUACAAGAUCCGCGAAAGUCUAAAGCGAUACUGGCAGACAGACCUGUGGGCCGGCUGUUUCGACCUACUGCUUAAUCCGGGCAGCUACGUGGAGCACGAGGACGGCGCCCGCAUGCCCGUCAACAAGAGCCUGCGCAGUGUCCGCGAGCAGAUGGAGGCCUGGCUCACGGCCAACUGCGAAAAGGGUCUCGGACUCAAGGCCCUCAUGGUCCGUGUCGAGGGCUUUGCGAGCGCGCGGUCGAGGAAGUAG